UAUUGUUUCAAUGACAUUCGAAUUGUCAAAUUUCUAUUGCGUUAGUUUUUGUAUUUAUCAACAAUGCCUUUUAAAUCUGAUAAAGUAACAGUAGGAAAAGGAAAUCAUAAAUCUAAGGAAGAAGAACAAGAGGAAGAAUUUAUUGAUGAUUCCGACGAUCAGCUGCAAACAAUGGACCUGUUAGUUGUAUUAGAGCGGAACGCUACGACACCGAGCUUAAAAGUAAUUGACGAAGCUGCCGCUAGUGCAUUCGGUGAAGUCAAGGUUACAAGCUACGACAAGUUCUUCGUGUUGGAAUUCAGUAAUCGCUCGAAGGCUAGAAAGGCACUGAACGAAGGACUAAUGAUCAAUAUGGAGUACUUACGGUUUAAAACAAUGCAUUCGUUUUUAAAUUCAUUGAAUUAAAGUUUUCAUCGAAAAUUUACGUCGUCUUCUUAGCACCAGAUCGAAACAGCUGAGCUGCGGGGAAAUUUUUUUCAGACGCGAGCUGAACUGCGGUGGUAUAAAGGAAUAAUAGCAACAUGUUUCAAGACCCACACCUCUAUGUGAUCCAAGCAAAUUACUUGUGUGUCGUUAUGACUCCGACUCCGACUUCACGUCUCGGAUCGGGGACCUAGCCCACUCCCAGUUGAGGCUCUCUUAGAAGGUUAAGGUUUGACUUGUUGGUUUAAAUUGACUUCAAACCUUCAAGCUCUCCUUUUUCCCUUUGGCCCGUCAAGCCCACUCACAAACUUGAUAAACAAAUGCCGUAGCAUAUCUUUAUCCGUCUCUGAGCGAACAGCGCUGGGUCGCCACUCGAGUUGCUGACACUUAUAUACCUCUGCGUUUACAAAGGUAACUAACAACAACUGUUGCCGUUUGGUCUAACAGUCGGACUAGCUACUAUCAUUACUUGUAACUUGUCUCAAAAUUACCUUUUUCUUUCUUCUUCCUUACAAUACCUUACCGAUUCUUAGCAUAUUCCUCAUUCAUCCUCAGUUGUUAUUUCUUUCCAUUCUUUACACAUUCGUUCAUCCUUUUGAUUCCGCUUGCGCAUGCAUACAAUCACUCCAUUACAGA